AUGCAGAGACGCCCUCCAGGAGCACUCAGCACUAUUAUCGGUCCGCUUGAAGAGGAAGAUUUCUCUGAAGAUUAUGACACAGAUGAUGAUACCAAUGACUCGGAUGCAGACGCGGACAAAGAUGACCAGCCCCCGGAAGCGAAUCUCGCGGAUCCACUUCUCCUUAGCCCUCCUACAGACGACGAUCUGCGAGUGCUUUGGGCAGAGGUUGUCUAUGGAAGUGUGGGCUGGUCCAGACGCUUCCCGAACUACCCGAGAAGGAAUCAGGUAAAGGAGCAUGCCCCUUCAGAUGAGAAGAUGGAUGUUCCUCUUCAAAGUCAGGCAAACACGUCGGAGACAACGCGUCCAGACAAAGAACGCGCACUUUGUCUGGACGCGGCGGCAUCGACAAUGCCACCACAUGAGGAACGAAUUCUGGCUGUUCCAUCUAUUCCCGCGGAUGAUGCCUCGUGCACAGCACUUCAUCUUAUUCAAGCCUCACUGCCCAGCAAAGCAACUGUUUCCGAGGAAGGCAUAGUAUUGUUUGAUCCUGAUCGCUCGGGGCACUUCGAAACAAUCAGCGUGCUCGGCAAGAGACAGAGGACAUCUGCCGAUGAGCCUGAAGUUGUUAGGAUACGAAGAGACGUGCAGUCGCCUUCAUUCAAAAGGCAACGUAUUAACGUGCCCAAUGCUGAGGUUCCUGCAUCUCCUCCCAUCUCACCGCCCAUGGAAACUGAUAAUGUUCAUACUCAGGAGACAUUGUUUACUGCGCCCUCGUCAACGCCCCUUGACCGGGCUCCUCCAGCAGAUUCUGCAGGCCCAGUCAUAGCCGGUCACAAAACUCCUGAUGCUCAGGCUAUUUUCUCCAACCGGAACAUCAACACAGUGCUGGAUACCGAAUCUUUCAGGAUAACAUUGCCCUCAUCAUCUGAGCCGCAGUGCAUAGAAUCGUCUGUAAGAUUGAACUCUGAGAACCAAACUGACGAAAGACAAGGACAUGGGUCAUCGAUCGCAAAACAGAACAUGGACUCGUACGCGGACAAGAUGCGUGCUGCUCCAAUGAAAUUCUUAGCAAGAAUGAGCGGCAUAUCGAAAAAGCGUACUGCUGUCAUCGCUGAUCAACCGCUUUCCUCUCGACGCCUCAAUCCGGUCGUUAAUGCUGAACAUGACCAAGAAAGACCGUCGAUGAAACAGAAAAGGCAGGAUGUCGAUGCUGAUCCUGUCUCUGGGACAAAGUCGAUUCAUCCGUUAGAGCGGUCUACUACCAAGAGACAGCGCAUCCACUCGACCAUACGCUCCACCGCUCAGCAUGGCCGCGGUCGUAACAGUCGCAUUUGA